GUGCUCACCAUUGAUGUACUACGUAGGUAGGCAGUAGAAAAAGGUGACAGACUGCAUAGAUGGAGAGGAAUGGCACAUUGCUCCGAGGCCCGAUGCACACUAGUGGAUCACUGUGACAUACUGAUGCCCGCUCCAACGUUCUUGACCAACUGUCAACUGUCGUGACCGCGCCGCUUUAUUUAGCAAUUUACUCUCAACACAGCAGAUAACCAUGCCUCGACUUGCAGGCUUCUCCGACAACCCUUUCCAGAGCCGAUCAGAUGUGAUAAAAGCCACGAUCGCUCUUCUCCGUCCACUGAUUCCCUAUUUUUCGCAGGGCAAAGGUCGAAUUGCAGUUCCAAGCGCGACGGCAGCGCACUUUGACGAGCGCCCAGCACAGCUGGAGGGCUUCGCCCGGCCUCUUUGGGCUGUUGGAGCUCUACUACUAGCCCUUGACCAUGGGGUCCAGGAUGGUCUAAAAGCUGAGAUCACAGAGCUGGUACAGCCAUGGAUCGAUGGUUUCAUCUCCGGAACUGAUCCAGAGCAUGCCGACUAUUGGGGCGUCAUGAACGACAUUGACCAGCGCAUGGUGGAAGCAGAGAUAAUCUCUUUCGCACUGCUUGCGGCGCCAGAGCAAAUCCUUGGGAAAAUGACAGACAAGCAGAGGGAAAAUGUUGCGGCCUGGCUCCGCUCACUUCACAAUCUCCCCAUGCCCGAGAACAAUUGGCGUUGGUUUCGCGUCUUUGCCAAUCUCGCCCUCGUCAAAGUCUUGGGGGAGCCCCUUGGCAAUGUCCAAGCGGAGAUCUCCGCAGACAUGGACAUUCUCGACUCGUUCUAUCGGGUUGAUGGGUGGUCAGCGGACGGGCCCUGGCAAAGCCGUGAACAGGCUCAGAGCGAGCUGGACGUGGCUGAGCGCACAGGAAGAAGGGAUACCGUCGGCAUCGGCCGACAAGCGGACUAUUACUCGGGAAGCUUUGCGAUACAGUUUAGUCAAUUGCUUUUCGUCCGGUUCGCGAGUGAUAUUGACCCAGCGCGGGCUGCACAGUAUCGUAGCAGAGCUCGCGACUUUGGCUCAGAGUUCUGGCGCUAUUUUGAUGCUUCAGGCGCUGCGAUACCCUUUGGGCGAUCAUUGACUUAUCGCUUCGCCUGCGGUGGCUUCUUUGCAGCUUUGGCCUUUGCUGAUGCCACUGAACCCAUGUCGCACGUCUUGUCACCAGGUGUGGUGAAAGGCCUCCUGUUGCGACACAUGAGAUGGUGGGCUUGGCACUCGGACAACAUUUUUUACCCGGAUGGCACUUUAAAUAUUGGCUGGCUGUAUCCGAACAUGUAUAUGGCAGAGGACUACAACUCGCCGCAGUCGCCAUAUUGGUGCCUCAAGACGUUGAUAGCAGUUGGAUUGCCUGAUGACCAUCCAUUCUGGACUUCUGAUGAAGAGCGUUACCCCUCCUUCUCUCCACCAGCGGCCUUGAUACGAGCCCCUGAACAAAUUGUGUGUAACCACCCUCAUGGAAACCAUCAUUUCAUGUUGACCCCGGGCCAAUGGGUUGCUUGGCCCAUGAAAUCCAAUCAGGCCAAAUAUUGCAAAUUUGCAUACUCUUCAUCGUUUGCGUUUUCCGUACCCACAGGUCCUCUGAUCCAACAGAUUGCGCCGGAUAACACCCUGGCACUCAGCAGGGAUGGGCGGGAGUCGUGGGCGGUGAAAUGGAAGUGUGAAGAGGUUUCCUUCCGAGAAGUGGUCCUCGGAGGAGGGGAAUUGUGUUCUGGGGUCUUGUCGGCGACCGUGAAAUGGUAUCCGUGGGGUGAUCGAGCAGUGUCGGUGGAAACGACACUCAUCCCUCCAACGGACAGCUGGCCUGACUGGCACAUUCGGGUGCAUCGCGUCUAUGUCAAGGAGGGGCUCAAAACACUCCAUCUUUCUGAGGGUGGAUUUGCAAUCUCAGGCCGCAGACUGUCUGACGGGCGCAAUCUUCCUGUUUUGGACGACGUGCCGGAAGAUGCGAAGAUGGGCUUGGAAGGGCUAAAGGAAGGUGAAGGUGAGGCUCUCAUCAUGUCCGAGGCGGGUGCCAGUGGUCUGGUCAGCUCGCUGAAGGGCGCUGUCGCCCCGUCUGAGUCCAGAGUCUCGGUCUUCAAGCCGGACUCGAACACCAACAUCGCUUGUCAGCGUACCCUGAUGCCGCUGACGGAGUAUGGCUUCUCUGGGGGCCUGAACGCAGGUACGGAAGUAUGCAUUGCGCAGUGCGUGUUUGCCGUUUCUACACGUGCAAAUGGACGCCAGCUUCCGCCAAAAACGCCAUUGCGAUCUCGUUGGCUCCAACGUCCUCGCCUGGUUUUUCACGACACGGGAGCCUUGGCAAUGGUCAAAUGUGUGCGUUAAGAAAUAAACCAGGCGUCCAUCAUUAGAAUAACGAUGUCCCUCUGUCUGGGACCAUGUGGUCAAUGCGAAAUCACUUGUCCCAGAGCUUUUGCUCUGGGUUGGUCCUUUUCAUAAGAUGUCUCUGCGUUUCGAUUUCCAA